ACUCCUACACAAUGAUACAAUGGUGCUGUGUAGCGCAUGCUCUUACACAAUGAUACAAUGGUGCUGUGUACCGCAUGCUUCUACACAACGAUACUGCAUGCUUCUACACAAUGAUACAAUGGUGCUGUGUACCUCAGAGGAUGUGUAAGGGCAGGCUGUGCUAUUACAGACUAAAGGGCCUUGCUGAAGCUUAGCUUUGAGUCUGAUAAAAAGUAAAUCAGAUUUGUGCUAAAUAGUUAACUGCACAUGUACUGGUCUCUUGCUGGGCCCCCAGCAGGUAUAGGAGUACAGCAAGUGACACACAGAUUUAGAACUCAAGGUUAAAGGGAUUUUUAGUGGACCAACUUAACCAGCUCCGAAACCAGCACGAUCAGCAGAAGUCAAUGCUGGUAUUUCCAUAAGGGAUGAGCAAGUUUAACACAAAGCCAGUUCUGAUGAAUUUCGACUGCAACUUCAACCACAGACUGCCAGUUGGACCCAUUACCAGCCUGAAACAGGACCUUUAAAUUAAGAAUCAUCUCUAGGAGCACGAAGGGUGAUCUGUAGCUCUCUACAGCCCUGUAAGCAUGUCCAUCAACACAACGAACAAUGCAGCAAGCUGCGUGUGGAAUUUAGGGGUGGUUACAUUGGUGUAAACCUGGGCUUGCCAUCCAUACCUAUUAGUUGAUACAGACACAAACACCAGUAAAACAGUCUUCUAGGGCUGGCUGAGCGUCUCUCUUGCUCUUUCUGGGGAUAUGAGUCUUGUCCAGUGGCUUGAGUCUCCAGGUUGCGGUAAAUCCAGUAAAGUAAACUUAUAAAAUCAAAGAGCAUGUCUAACCUGAGAUCACAGAGCCUAUCGGAGAGUGUGAGCCAGGCGUGGGAGGAAGCUGUGGGUAUUGAAAUGAGAGCGAGACACGUUCCUCUACAGCAGUGCAGCGCAGAGCAGAGAAGAGGAGGGUUACAGAGUGACUGGACGCACACACAGACACUCGCUGAGGGAUCGUGCCAGGGAGCCUCGUCAAAAUGCAACAGAACCUAAGCUACGUGUAUCCCCAGAUCUUCUUGGUGGACCGCGGGGGGCCAGGGGCUCCUGGCCCAGAGACAGCGGCCCUGCCGGCCUGGCCAGUGCUGCCCCCGCAGCUGAAGCAGGGGAGGGGAGGGAGAGGGGGCUGCACUGCGCUCCUCCUCACCCUGCUGCUCCUCACCAUGGCUGGGCUGGGGCUCGGAGCGUACUACAUCCUGAGACUGCAGCAAGAGCUGACUGAGCUCCGACAGGGUUCCGCAAGUACCAGCACUGGGAACCUGACGCCAGUACUGGAGAAACAAACUGGACUGGCUGUGGAGAAAAAGGAAACGAAGAGAAUGGCCCAUCUAACAGUGAAGAGUACCAGCGGGGGCUCAGAGACCCUGCUUUGGGAGCCCGUCGUGGGCAAGGCCUUCACGGAGGGCAUGGAGUACCGGGACGGAGCGCUGCUCAUCAACGAAACGGGUCAGUACUUCCUGUACUCACGGCUCCUGCUCCGCGGGACGACCUGCCCCUGGGACCGGGCCGUCGUGCACCGGGUGUUCAAGCGCUCGGGACGCUACCCCGCUGCCAUCUCCCUGCUGGAGGACCGCAAGCUCAGCUACUGCUCCGGGGAGCGCAUGUGGACUUCCAGCAGCUACCUGGCGGCUGUCGUGCAGCUGCAGAAAUUCGACCGUGUCUCUGUCAACGUGUCGGAGCCCCAGCUGGUCAGCCUGGAGCCCGCCAACACAUACUUUGGGAUGUAUAAGAUUUAACUGGACUGGAGGAGAGGAGGGUGGUGGUGGUGGGGGGGUGUCUUUGAGCCUGGGAAGCCUGGAGGGAGGCCAUACUUACCAGCAGACAGAGCUGAGGAACCUGGGAGUCUCCAGGUGAGACUGGGUGACCCUGGGUAUGGGUCUCGCUUUAGCCGUUAGUUCAUUGCAUCAUUGCACCCCUGGCAUUUCCUUUGUGAGACGGUGUGGAAGAGGGCUCUGCUCUGUGUUAGGAAGCAUCACAGGGACACAGUCUUUGUGUCGGUGCUGAAUCCAGAACUCACAAUCCAGCUGAUGUUUUCUCUUACCUGCACAGGAGACAGUGAAGGUCACUUCC